AUGUCUGAACACAAACGGAGUAUAAGACCUGCUAAUAUUUUGAAUACAAAUAAUAAAACUGCAUUAGCGGAACAUUUCGAAGUUGAACAACAUGCCUUUGAUUUUGACAAUGUUGCUAUUUUGGGAAAGCAAAUUAAUUAUAAAAAAAGAUUAUUAAAUGAAAUGAUUGAAAUUAGAAAACACCCCUAUAAUAUUAACAAAAAGCAGGACGUUGAAGGUUUGAGUAUGGUAUACCAUAAUCUUUUAAAAACUAUACAACAUCCUACAUAG